UUGAAGGUGGAGCCACCGACUGAGUUUGUGUUCCCUCCACAACCUGUGAAGAAGUGUGUGUACUCCACCGUGUUCAAGACAGAGCCCACGACUGAGGUUAUUCUUCCUCCACAACCAGUGAAGAAGUGUGCAGGCUCAGCUGUGUUCAAGGCGGAGCCCACGGCGGAGGUGAUGGUCGCUUCGCCGGCUGUGAAAGAGUGUUCAGGUUCGAGUGAGUGUGCGCUUUCCUCGAAGUCAGUAAAGAGCUGUCCGUGUUCGAUUGAGGAUGAAGAGCUAACGGACGGUUUGCAAGCCCUCUUUAAGUUGUUUCGUGCCUUGAAAUCAAAAUAA